AUGGCACCUACUGUUCUUAUUGUCGGUGCAACCGGCAACACCGGCUUCAGUCUCACCGAGACCCUACCAGCGUUACUCAAGUCCAGCAAAGCUCUAUCCAACCACCGAAUCAUUGCUCUCACCCGCUCCGCCGACAGUCCCGCAGCCCAAAAGCUCGCCAAAGUGCCCGGCGUUGAAGUUGUCGAAAAAAACUGGGUUGACAUAACCGCCGACUGGCUCCGCGAACACCAAGUCGUCAGAGCGUUCGUCGCAUCCCACAACGAACCCAACCAAUUCGCCGAAGAGUCGACAUUCUACAUGGCAGCUCUCGCCGCCGGCGUCAAAUACGCCGUGCGAAUCUCAACCACCGCCGCCAACGUUCGCCCAGACUGUAAAGCCUACUAUGCACGCACGCACUGGGCAAUCGAGAAUCUCCUCAGCCAGCCCGAAUUCUCCGCUUUGCAGUGGACGUCGCUGCAGCCGAAUGUGUUUUCGAGCUUUUUGCUCAUGUCUGCCGCGGAGUUGAUCAAAGAGUACCGCAAGACGGGAAAUCAGCAUGUGUUGAAAUUGCUGGCUGCGAAAGAUGCACCCGUUGGCGUUAUUGAUGCGUCGGAAGUCGGGGUCUUUGCUGCGCAUCUUUUGGCGCAAGAUGAUGUUUCUGCGCACAAUCAGGCUAAGUAUGUUCUCAAUGGGCCCGAAGAUAUCACCGGAAAGCAGAUUGUCGAGUUAGUGGAGCAGUAUAUUGGUGUGAAGGUCGACGAAGUCAGUUAUCAAGACAAUUCUUUUAUUGACAUGCUGUAUGAGAUGAAAUAUGCUGCGACUGGGCAGUCGAAGAAUGUUAUUCUGUCUAUCAAGCAUGCUCUGGAGACUUCAUGGGAAGGAAAAUGCUCGGCCUCUACAACUAGCAAGGAAGUGCUAGAGAUCGCUGCUCCGAAGCUUACAGCUGCUGAUGUGUUGGAGAGUCUUUUGGAUUGA